AACAUCCUAGAGAAACACAAGGUGGUUUUCUCCUUUAUAUAAAGGGCUGCGCUUUGCACCAGAUUUUCAUGACUGUAAAUUAAACAUCACCAUCAGACUGUGAUCACUUGUUGAUAAUUUUUUUUUUUUUUAUUUUUUUUGGUUUCUCGCAGCGCAUGUCUCAUUGUUAAUCCAGAUGUUGCUUGAUCUCUUCCAAUUGCUCUUGAGAGGAGCCGACACACCAGUGAGCACCCACUAGACGACCACCACCCUUUUACCGGGCGCCUUUCUGAGGUGCGCAGCAUGACAGAGCUCCACGAAGCCGUGGCGUUGGGGGACUAUGACCUGGUGGAUGAGAUUUUGAGGACAGGGCGCUGCGACCCAAAUCACAAGGAUGUUGACUGGCAUGACAGGACCCCGCUGCACUGGGCUGCGGCAAAAGGGCAAUCGGAGCUGGUCAAACUCCUCGUGGACCACGGUGCCCGGCAUUGCCUGCGGAGCGAUGUGGGCUGGACACCGGCUCACUUUGCUGCCGAGUCGGGGAGACUUGGAGUGCUCCGCACCCUCCAUUCCCUGCACGCUGCCAUGGAUGCGGCCGACCUCUUCGGCGACACUCCCAAGAGGCUUGCGGAAAUCUACGGUCACCAAGACUGCUCCAGGUUCUUAGAAACAGCAGAGGUGGAGAGCAGAAACUAUCGCAGGACAGCCGCAAUGAAAGGAAUCCCCUUAGACCAGAGAGAUGAAGACUGGGAACUCAAGAAAGAAGAGCUUGAGAGAAAUCCACCGUGUUCUCGGGAGAACUACACAUCCUCUGCUCAAAAGAAAAAUAAAAAAAAAGGGAGGAAGCAGUAGUGUGCCUGGACUAUUUGGUGCCACUGAGAACUUGCAGUGCAGAGCAAAGACACUGGCAGACCCCAGGUGCAUCUGCAGGGUGAAAUACGGAUGGACAGGAGAAGCAGAUGGGCACAAGAAUGCAUUUUGUGAUGUACUGGAAAUACCACCAUUAAUAGGAAGCAGGUAGAAGUGCUCCUGUCUGUCUGCACUUCUAUGUAAAUCAGAUCUCAAAUAUCAGGAAACUGCAGAAGGAGUUUAAAUAUGCCAAUAAUCUAACCCACUGAAAUGUGUACAUUUACAGAAAUUACAGCAGUUGCCCAUGUCGUCUGAGAGGGAAAUGUUUUUGCUCUUAAUUGAUUCAUGAAAGUAUCUGGGACUGUGGUUCUGCUCACUCUGGUGCCAUUUGUGGCUUUUGCUUGUUUGGUUCUGGUCCUGAGUCAACCAGGGGGCUCUGUAGAGGCUCGUAGCCUCUGGUGGUGCCUCUCUCUUUUCUUUGGGAGUGCUGUGUAGUGGCUUCUUCUGGCUGAAGAGGAGACGUUGAUGUUGACCUUUUGCUGGACACAUGGGUCUAACAGCCUGUAUCGACCAUUCCUGGCCCAGCAGAAGGGAAAACGUGCUCCCUCGUUGCUACUUUCAGACAUCUGUGACUGCCAAGACACUUAGAGCACUGCCUUAUUUUUAGCAGUGCCCCAGCCGUUUUCAUGUCUAUGCUCAUAGGAAUGCUGUGGAACUGGUCCUGAGCGAUCCCUCUGCUCAUCAACAGUUGCCAUCACAAAGGUGUUUUUAAAUGUUUCACUUCUCAAUCAUAAAAAAAUUGAAUUUGAGCCAAAGCAGUUUUCCAUGUCAUGCUAGCACUCGGCAGCCAUUUGUAUUGAGAGAGGUGGUGGAAUCUCCGUCUCUGGAGACAUUCCAAACCUGCCUGGACACGUUCCUGUGCCACCUGCUCUGGGUGACCCUGCUGUGGCAGGGGGUUGGACUAGAUGAUCUCCAGAGGGCCCUUCCAACCCCUACCAUUCUGUGAUUCUGUGAAUCUGAGACUUCUGACAUCUUUUAUGUGUUUACUUCCCCUCCCCUUACUGCGUCUGCCUCACUUCCCCUCUGCUUGCAUCAACAUGAUGCAGGGAUUUGGGGCCAUGCGAACCUCAUGAAAUUCAACCAGGCCAAGUGCAAGGUCCUGCACCUGGGUCAUGGCAAUCCCAGGCACAAAUAAAGGUUGUGCGGAGAAGGGCUUGGGAGCAGCCCUGAGGAGAAGGACUUGGGGGUGCUGGUGGACAAGAAGCUCAGGGUGAGCCGGCAAUGCACACUUGCAGCCCAGAAAGCCAACUGCAUCCUGGCUGCAUCAGAAGAAGUAUGGCCAGCAGGUCGCGGGAGGUGCUCUGCUCUGGUGAGACCCCACCUGGAGAACUGUGUCCAGCUCUGGAGUCCUCAACACAACAAGGACACGGACCUGUUGGAGGAGGUCCAGCAGAGGGCCAUGAAGAUGAUCCGAGGGCUGGAGCACCUCUGCUGUGAGGACUGGCUGAGAGUGUUGGGUUGUUCAGUCUGGAGAAGAGAAAGCUCCAUGAAGACCUUAUAGCAACCUUCUAGUACCUAAAGGGGGCCUACAGGAAAACUGGGAAGAGACUCUUUAUCAGGAGAGCGUAGCAAUAAGAUGAGGGGUAAUGGUUUUAAACUGAAAGAGGGGAGAUUUAGAUUAGAUACUAGGAAGAAAUUCUUUACUGUGAGGGUGGUGAGGCACUGGAACAGGUUGCCCAGGGAACCUGUGAAUGGCCCAUUCCUGGAGGUGUUCAAGGCCAGGCUGGACGGGGCUUUGAACAACCUGGUCUGGUGGGAGGUGACCCUGCCCAUGGCAGGGGGUUGGAACUGGAUGAUCUUUAAGAUCCCUUCUAACCCAAACCAUUCUAUGAUUCUAUGAUCUCAUAAAAAAAGAAGAGUAGAUGAGGAGAGCAGUCACACAGAGUGGGGGAAAUCAUGUUUUUGCAUGAAGCGGGGCAGAGAGAGGACAGGUGAGGCUGGGGUGGGAAGUGGACUCUCCACUCCACCUGUCCCCCCUGAGGUCAUUUCUGCACUGCUGUUUGCAAGUCAGUAACCACCUCGGGUGAAUAAAAGUGAUCAACAUAUUCACGCAAAAGUUAUAGACCAAUGCAAGCAGUGAUAAUAUUACAAAGUACAACACCACAGCAGAAAUAAAUGUAAAGCAAAAUAGAUAUAAACAUGUAGGUUAGUUGAGUAGUCUUGAUCCGAAAAUACCAAAGCCCUUCUGAAGGCUUGUGGUAUUGCUGUUCCCCUUUUGCAGCUAGCCAUUGUACCAGCUCUAAAUUACUCUGUUAUUGACAAUAAUUCAACCCAAGGAAUUAUCUACAUCAAAUG